ACUUCCUACUCGAGAAGUAUGAAUGCCAACGCUUUAUUCGUUGAAUGAGCUGUUUUUGUGUAUUGAUCUGUUUAAAGAAUCAAGGACGCUUUGGACAAUAAUUUAAUUGAAGGACGUUAAUUCAAAUAAACAGUGUGAUAAAAUUGUUACUUUGAAAAUUGUGGUCGGACAAUCCGGGGUGCAGAAAUCAACACUACAGAUAAUUUAAAGCGAAGAUAGGCGCAACACCACAGCCAUGGCUUUCGCCGGUCUAAAAAAACAAAUCAACAAAGCCAAUCAGUAUGUCACAGAAAAGAUGGGAGGUGCCGAGGGCACAAAAUUGGAUUUGGACUUUGUGGAGAUGGAAAGAAAAACAGACGUCACUUGCGAGCUAGUGGAAGAGUUACAAACAAAAACGAAAGAGUUCCUGCAGCCGAACCCCACGGCUCGUGCAAAGAUGGCUGCCGUGAAGGGCAUCAGCAAACUGAGCGGGCAAGCUAAGAGCAACACCUACCCUCAACCAGAGGGCGUGCUAGGCGAUUGCAUGCUGCUCUACGGCAAGAAACUUGGGGAGGACACCGUCUUCUAUGGACACGCAAAUUGUCUCAUCGAGAUGGGCGAGGCUCUGAAGCAAAUGGCUGACGUAAAGUAUUCACUGGACGACAACAUCAAGCAAAACUUCUUGGAACCUCUUCACCAUUUGCAGACCAAAGAUCUUAAGGAAGUCAUGCACCACCGAAAGAAACUACAGGGACGCCGGUUGGACUUUGACUGCAAGCGGCGAAGACAGGCUAAAGGAGCUCAUAUUGCAGACGAUGAAAUACGACAGGCGGAAGAGAAGUUCGCCGAGUCCCUACAACUGGCCCAGAUCGGCAUGUUCAACCUUCUCGAUAAUGACGUGGAGCAGGUCGCACAGCUCACGUUCUUUGCAGAGAGCCUUCUCGAGUACCACCAACAAUGCACGGAGAUCCUCAAAGGACUCGUGUCUACGCUUAUGGAAAAGAAAGAGGAAGCGGUGAACCGUCCCAAGAUGGAGUUCGUACCUAAGACCCUAGCAGACCUGCACAUCGAGGGCAUCCACGACUUGAACAAUGGUAGGCGGUACGGUUCCACCCAGAGUUUGUCCCGUCCCCGUCAACAUAUCCCCCCUUCCUCCUCUGUCGGCGACCUCAGCACCACUGAUCCCUUCAAGGCUUGGGAAGCACCCUCACCCGUCAGAACCCAAGUAAGGCCUGCGCCAGGGUUCAAACCGCAUCCAGCCCCACGGAAUCAGUUCAAUGGAAGGGACCCCUGGACAGCGUCCCCGUUGCCGUCGCCGGUUAAGUCGCCCGCACGAACGCCCGUCGUGGCCAAUAAGACGCCGUGCUGCACCGCUCUCUAUGACUUCGAACCGGAGAAUCAAGGCGAACUAGGAUUUAAGGAGAACGACGUGAUCACGCUGAUCAACAAAGUUGACGACAACUGGUUCGAGGGCUCAGUACACGGCAAGACCGGGUACUUCCCGAUCAGCUACGUUCAGGUCACUGUGCCCUUACCCAACAUGUAAGCAACAAGUCAUACCUAACCACCAACGUAUUCAUUCAUUCCCUAAUGUAACACAACUUUAUACUGCUGCGAAGCUAAACAACGCGAGAUCUCAACACCACGAAUCUCAAGUUGAUAUAGUGCCACGCAUGGAUCGGUCCGACCUUUAUAAAGGUUGUGUUACACUUUUAUCCAUACGUUAAUAUCACGUUACGCAGUAUUACGUAGAUUUGAAUCUAUUAUAUUGUGUCAAAAGCUCAAUGGCAAGCUGUUAUAGUUAUUACCUAUUUAACUACACCGAAUCAUUUAAUGAACUCGAUAAUCAGUUCAUACCUGUCUUCCGGUGUAUGAAACAGUUUUGUCAUCUUUGUCGUAGCAGAAUUUCUUUGGUGUUCAUCGUGUUUCAAUAAUAAAUAAUCAACAUAAUAUUAUAUCAAUCUUCCAAACUUUUAAAAUAUAGUAAUGCAAUUGAAUGUUUAAAAUUUACUAUGUAGAUGUAAACAUCUAAUCUAAUCUCAAGGAGAUAAUGCUACGAAUGUUACUUUUUUAUUAUUUUUUAUUGUACCUACCUACUGUUUGCAUUUAUUGCCAAAAUAAGUAAUUAUUUAAUAUUAAAAUUAUUGUAAUAGAAAUCAUUGUAAUAUUUGUAAUCAUGUUGCCAUUUUCUUCAUGACGAUUUAUAUUAUUAUUUGUAAUUAGUUUGAAAUAAAUUGCCGUUGUUUUUAUGUAUUAGGGUAUGUUUUAGUUUAUAAAAUGACACGCCAAAUAUACCGACAUCAAAUUGGAGUAUUUUUGCUCAGAUUCGAAAGACGAAGAAUUAAAUUGAGUGUUGAUCAUUGAAUGAAAUAUUAAAUCGACACUUGUUAACUGUGUGUAUUGAAAGUGGGUAGUAUGUCAGUCAGUACACCACUCUAUAAUGUUGCAUUCCAAAUACAUACAGCUUAAGUUUAUCGAUGUGGAUUCAGUAAAUGAGAUUGAUAAUUUUAAGCAAAGUGAUACGUCAAUGUCAAUCGCAAUACGUUAUUGCUGAGGGCUCUCUGCCGCGAUGCAGCAAAAAUUCUGUAAAGUGAUAUUUUUAAACUAACGUUUGUAUAUUAGUUUAAUAAUAUGCAUCUAUUUUUAGAUGUAUCACCCUUUGUAUAGUAUUCUCCUUUGACGUACGAUUAGUUUAUUUAGUUAAUUAUCCUUGUUUGUACCGUUAAUUGAAGGCACAGGAGCGGGAUAUUAUAGUAUUUAUUAGGAUGAUUAUUAUAUAAAACUAGUUAACACAUGCGAUUAGAUUUUAUAGUUGUAUGUUCGCGAGUAAUUAUUUAACUGAAUGAAGGAAGUAUACAAUAUAACGUAUAUUAUAAAAUUAAUGUGAGAAUAUGAGGAACAGAGUCAUAAGAAUUGUUGAAUUAUUGCCAGAAAUCUUGGCGUUUCGAUGUUUGAUGUAUUAUUGGCAAGCUAUAAAACAUAAUGUAAUGUAAUUGUGAUAUAUAUAUUAUCAUGCUGUUGGUGCGGUGUCCAAUGAUUUUGUUCUAUAUUUACAUUGUAUAUAUUUUUUAAAUACCAGUGCCCUAUUUACUUUUUCGACACUUUGCAUAAUAACUCUUUUAGUCAUUAUCUAAGCUACCUAUUUUAAUAUACUUUAAUGUGUAUGAUUGAUACCAAAAAUAUCGAAAUUAGUAAUUCUACAUGGCCUCCAUUCAAUAGUAAUGUUAAUUGUAAUUGAAUUAUUGCACUUGAGAGCUAAGAUCUUAAAUCGUCAUAUUAUUCACUUUGUCCGAUAUUGGUGUUGCAGUAAUAUUGAACAUAAGUAAUUUAAUAAUAAAUUCAUCGCAUCAUUAUUGUCGUUAAUGGACCCCAUUGUAUCACAUUUCUGGCAUACAAAAGACAAUACCUAGAUCUAAUGUUAGUUGUAUGUAAGUUCAUAAAUAAUUGUUCUAUCUUCAAGUGUCUCUUAAUAUAAGUAUUUUGAGUAUAUAAAUAUAUUCAUCAAUGUUACGAGGAUGUCAUGUUUCAAUCUUAAUGUAUGAGGAUGCGUGGACAGGCGUAACAAUGCGUCCGCCAUAGAUGGCAUGUCGCUGCGACCUUCUCACAUAAACAUACCAUAUAAUCGAAUGAUACGUCACUACGAUCUUAUCACUAUCCUACAGAGCGGAAUUAGACUGUUGUUGUUUUAAAUGUGUAUAAAUUCUACUAGCUUGGAAUGUAUGAAUGUUUGAUAUGAGAGUUGUGGGCGUGUUUCUAUGUACGAUAAACUAGCCUGCUUACCGGAAACUAAGUAUAUAAAAUGAUAAAUAAGCCUAAAGAUAGCAAUCAACACUAUUUAUGUGCAUUCAUCGGACACAAGGCAACACCUAAUUACCGUAUCGUUGCGAAAUAUGAUGAAAUAUUAACAAAAACGAUUUAGAUUGGAUUGAAGGUUUAGUGGCAGCUUUUAGCCUACCGUAAGGAGCUAGUUUAUCGAACAUCUAUUCUGUAGUUGUCCUAUACAGUGUUGGUUCAGUGUUGCUUCACUUGUUAUGUAUGUCGAAUCAUUGGUUUGUUUGAUAAUGCUACUUGUUGUCAUACUACACUCAUGUUUAUACAAAAGGAAAUGAUUGAAGGAUAACAGAGGAUAGAUAAAGUCAUCAGACAAUUCAAACAACAAGUAACGUUAUCUUGAAGGGUGAUUUGUUAGCAUACGAAAGUAUAUUAUGUGUCAGAUAGCACUAUCAUUAUAUUGGCUCCCAAAAUAUUUUGCUAUUGAUGCGAGUACCUACGUCUGUUAUGGUGUAUUAUUCUUGUUCAUGUUACUGUAAUCUUAAAAUACUGUAAUGUCAUAGAUUUAAACUUGACGAUUUACGAGAUGUAAUGCAAAUAUUAUUGAUUUGUAUUAAAAUUUAUCCCGAAACUUAUUGCUCGUUUUCGCCUCCUAAUAAAAUGUUAACAAUUAAACACUUA